UAAUUUGCAAACUGCUAUUUCACCAUUGAUCUUCACGAUGUCUCACGGACACAGUCACGGAUGUGGAGGACAUGACCACGAUCAUGAUAGCCCUGACAGAGGAGCCUUAUUCUCCCUUUACACGAAAAUCGAUACAGAAAGAUUAGAAUGUCUGAAUGAAUUGAAGGACGGAUCCGGGAAGCUGGUUUUUAAACCAUGGGACGAGCGGCUCGAUUUUUCCAAGUUCGUUGAGAGUGACGAUGAUGAAGAACUUUUAUUCAAUAUUCCAUUCACCGGCAACGUCAAGCUGAAGGGUGUUAUUGUUAUUGGAGGAGAAGAUGAUAGUCAUCCAUCGGAAAUGAGGCUGUUUAAGAAUCAACCUCACAUGACGUUUGAUGAUGUCCAGUCUGAGCCUGAUCAAAUGUUUGAAAUGCACAGAGACUCUACUGGAGAUCUAGAGUAUGCCACAAAGGCCGCCCGCUUUUUCAAUGUCAACCACUUGUCCAUUCACUUUUCCAAAAACUUUGGAGCAGACACCUCAAAGAUCUACUACAUCGGUCUUAAAGGAGAAUUUAGUGAGGCCCCAAGGCAGGGUAUUUUGCUGGUGAGUUAUGAAGCACAAGCCAAUCCUAAAGAUCACAAAACGGAUCUACAUGAAAACGUCCAACAUCAGAUUAGAUAGUCUCCAAUCUCCAGACCAAACCAAGUUAGUUUACUGACAUAGUUUGGCGAACUAUUAUUUGCAUUAUGAAUUUUUUUUGGUAAUGUUUUUGUGGUAAUCAUUUCAGCUGGCUCUGUUUAAAUCAUUGAAAAGUUGUUUUUUAUACCAGUUUAAACUGUUUCUUUAUUGAAUUAUUGCUCCUGGACAAAACUGAUAUUGGAAUUAAUAGAGUAAAAUUGAAAAGGUAAACCAAUUCAAGUUUCACCAAAGCCAGAUGAUGAGCGACAAAAAUAUGAUACUUAUAAGUUCUAUAUUAUUUUGAUAAAACAGUUUGAUACAUUUCAUCAGGACUUGUGAUGAAUUAUGGAUGAUGUAAUAUUUUUCCCAAUUAUGUAAUUUAAAUAUUCCAAGUGUCUGUAAAAAGAUAGUGGAAACAAGAUUUAUUGUUUUAUAUAAAAUGGUGUUGUAGAUCCUGAUGAAGUGAUUGACUGAAAUCUGUAUAAAUUAUUUCUUGAGUUUUUCUUCAAAAACUUCCUUAAUGUUUCUAAAGAAAACUUUAUUGGAGUUUAAAAAGGUUGAAGAUAUACCAUGAUUAGUAUUAAUCAGUUAUGAAUCUUUUACUGGAAUUUCAUGAAAAUUAUUGUAACUCACAAUUCUCUGUACUCACGAUGUUUCACCAACCACUAUUGCAGGCAUGCCAUCUGUUCCCUAGAGUUAUUUGUUCCCUUUUUUUUGCUAUAAAUACACCAAUACUUUUUUUGUAUGAUUUGUUACUUUUUUAAUAUUUCCAAUCAUGGAGUAUGUAUUAUACAGUGUGUGACACUAGUGCUGGUACAAAAGUCCCAGACCAGUAACAAUCACUGUUAGGGCCAGUAACUUGUUGGAUGAAAAGAGCAAGUGAAUUCUUGCCUACAAGCACAUGUUUAAAAAAGGAUGAAUCAUCAAAUUUUCAAGUAGAGUCAUUUCACAUGUUUUUUCCACCGAUCCCACUACAACAAGCUGACGAUUGUUACAUUGAGACAAAUUUAUAGAAAUACUCUUUUUUUGUCAAAAAAUACUUUUUUUUGUCAAUUUUUUUUUUUACUUGUAAGAAUACCCUUUUUUUGGUUGUAGAAGUUUGGCAGGUCUGCUAUUUGCUUCAUCAGGCAAAUGAAACAUCUGCACUCUUCAAGUUUAACUGGAUGAAUCAUAACAUUCAUGGAUUUAUACCAUGAAUAGUGUUAACAAAUUCAAUGAGGAAAACAGUUAUUUCCUAAACAUCUCAAUAUUUGCAAUAGUACCGGUUUUUCAUAAUGGAAAUGGCACAGCCAACCUUAUCAGAUUUUCAACUUUUGUCUGAAAAAUAUCACAUUACAUUUAAAUUUAUUUUGUUUUCAUUGAAAAAGAGGUAUCAAAUACCAUUAUUUUUUCAUGAAGAGAAAAUGUGUGAGUAUGUGUUAUCUGUGUAUUAUAAAUACAGUUACACCUCGUAAUUCCGAAGGUUCUUUAUUCCGAAGAUUCGUAAUUCCGAAACACGUAAAUUGUCUAUACCUCGAUGUUCG